UUGGACCAUUACUUCAACCUCAGCAGUCCACCAGUGCAGCUUGAGCGACACGGACGGGCGGAACUACUCGACUCGAAGUUUUGUAAGGACAACAUUCGCCACGUCACGGGACCGUGCAGAAAGUGAAUGGUGAAUGGUGAAUGGCAUUUUGAUAACCGAGCGUGUCGGCCCGUCAAAAGCAUGAUGGUUGCACCCAUCUUGCCUACUAUACUUUACGCACACGUCAACGCCCAUCCAAGUACUAAACUUGCGGCUUCCACCACCUUUGCUCGACGGGCCGCAAGGCAUCACAACAUGGCGCAGCAAGUAUCAUUCCAAGAUCUGGAGCGCGCGAUGCAAACUCACAACCUCGAGGACUCUGAGAUUGAUCAACUCAUGGCAAUCGACAUCUCGGUGGGCAGCUCUGAUCAGGCAGCAUCAGUCCCCGAACCCUCUGCGCCAGAUCUCUUUUCCUGGAGCGCCGAAAUCGACGAGUUCAUGGCGGCCAUCAUCACCGUUUUCCAAAAUCCCGAGUGUUGCAAUCUCUCGGACCAAGCCGAAUUCUGGACCGCUGUCCUAGCCUUCUUGAAUCCAAACCACGAGGUCUUCCAGGCGCUGAAUCCAGUUCGGGAGAUCCAGAAAGUGUACAAGAGGUUGAGAGCGCCGGCCAUGAGGAAGUAUGGAAAUAUGGCGGAUCUGCGGGGUCUUUUCACGAAGGGGAAGAAGCGGACGAGGGUUUUGAAUCGGUGGAAGGAAGAGCAUGCCGGUUCCGCUGAGAACAAGCUGGUACAGGGAAAGCAUCAGCAAGGCGAGCGCGUGCAGCGGCAGAAGGCGUCGAGGAAGAAGCAGAGGAAGAGGGAGAAGAGAAAGAUGUUUCAUUUGCAGGGUUUAGGAGAGGCUUUGCCGAAGAUCGAACCCAACGAGUAGGCUGCUCGAAGGAGUUUGCGAAAAGGAAUGUUGUACAGAGGCUCGAUGGGGUGGAUGCCAAAGUAUGACACAGGAAACAGUCGGCUGAAUGGCAUCUGAAAUUUGCUUCCCAUUCUUCUUUGCGUCGAAGCUAGCCUCGACAAUCAAAUCCAUCCCCAACAAUUCGGCGACAUAGAGCACUCCCAGCGUAAUCUGGUGGAGGAGAGACAGACAGCACGACAAGGCCCAAAGAUGGGCGACAUAACAAUACUCGUACUCGAGGUCGAGUCUGCGGCCACCGCUGUCACUACCAACAAUGACUGGGGAGACUCGAUUUCCGUGCAGAUCGAUCACGUUUGGAACACUACCACCAACGUAAAUGGAGGAGCACGUAGUCCCGACCCCACUCAUAGUGCCCAAGACAUCCCUCCAGUGCUCUUUGUCCACCCACACCAACCCUCAUUAAU